AUGGGGAGGUGGUGGUGGGGGUUGGUAGGGGGGGGGGGGGGUUGGUUGGAGUUGGGGAUGGAGGGUAUUGUAUGUGGGGUGUGUGUGGAGUUGGGUGUUUUGGUGGGGUAUAAAAGUGUGAGGGGUGGGGGGAUGGGGGGGUGGGGGGUUGUGGUUGGGGGUGAUUGGGGGGGGGGGGGUUGGGGGGGUUGGGGGGGGGGAUAUGGGGAGUUGGUGAUGUUUUGGGGGUGGGGUGUUUUUUGGGUGUUAUUGAUGUUGUGGGGUAGGGGUGUUGUUUUGGGGUGGGGGGGUGUGGGGUGGGGGUGUGGGGAUUUUGGGGUUGGUUGA